GGUAGGGGUGGGGGAGGGGUGGAGGAACGGUAGAUGACCCCGGCCCCCAUACCUUCUCCCUCUAACCCUGGGAGCCGGCCUGAACUGGUCGCCGUUACCAGGGUAACGGGAGCGGGGCCAGGCCCAGGCCGGGCGCAGUGGGAGCGGCAGCUCGGCCCCGAGAUGGUGCGUUGGCCGCUGCUGUGGGCGCAGCGCCAGAAGGCGGCGGCUUUGCUGAUCCUCCGCCGGGGCAGCUUGGCCCCCGGCCGCUGCUGGUCUUCCUCCUCCUCCUCCCGGGGCCCCGACAUGGACGACAUCCUCCGCCGCACCGUGGCGGCCCUGCCGCCCUACGAGACGCGGGAGAAGCCGCCGGCGCUGCUGGAGGGGCCGAGCCGGGAGUUCGUGCAGUUUUACCGGGGCCUGGAAGCCGCCGGGAGGCCGGCCUUCCUCACCAAGCUGGCGGCCGAGUACGGCGCCGAGCACGGCCUGGUGUCCGAGCUGUGCGGCCGGGUGACUGAGGCCCGGGGCCGGGACCUGGGCGCUUUGCUGCAGGCCGAGGACCGGCUGCGACACUCGCUGACUCCUCGGUACAAAUUGCUCGUCAACCACAUCAGCCGCCUGGAGGGCGGAGUGAAGUUUAUUGUUGACCUGCGGGCGGAUCUCCUACGGUCCCUGGAAUCUAAAACAGCAGACAGCCCGCAGCUGAGGGAAAUGAAUGGAAUAUUGAAGAUGCUACUUUCAGAUUGGUUUUCUAUCGGAUUCUUGAACCUGGAGCGCAUCACCUGGCAAUCCUCUUGUGAUCUGUUACAGAAAAUUAGCGAGUACGAAGCAGUGCAUCCUGUCAGAAACUGGGCGGAUAUUAAACGCCGAGUUGGACCUUACAGAAGGUGCUAUGUUUUUACACACAAUGCUAUGCCAAGGGAACCUCUGGUAGUUCUACAUGUGGCACUAACAGAAGACAUCUCCAAAAAUAUACAGGCUAUUGUCCGAUGUGGUCAUUCUCCUGAGCUGAGUGAGGAUGUUAACAAGAUCACCACAGCUAUUUUCUACUCCAUCAGCUCUUCACAGCGAGGUCUGCAGGGGGUAGAGCUCGGAAAUUACCUCAUCAAGCAAGUAGUGAAAGAGCUUAAGGGUGAGUUUCCUCACAUGAACCAGUUCUCUAGUUUGUCUCCUAUUCCUGGCUUCACAACGUGGCUGCUUGGAACCCUCAGUGUCCACAUCAAGGAAGGGAAAAGGAACCAAAUCUUUACAGAACUUGAAUACAAAGAAAUCCAGGACGUCAUUGAAGGACCUGUGCUAGAAACGCUCAAGCGCCUACUUACCACCAAUGAGUGGGUGAGAUCUGACAAAUUAGUUCGAGUUCUUGAGAUGCCACUAAUGCGACUUUGUGCCUGGUACCUGUAUGGAGAAAAACAUCGUGGGGCUGCCCUUAAUCCAGUAGCUAACUUUCACCUUCAGAAUGGUGCUGUGAUAUGGCGAUUAAACUGGCUGGCUGAUACAAGUCCUCGUGGUCUUUCAUCAUCCUCUGGAAUGAUGGCAAACUAUCGAUAUUUCCUGGAAAAUACCAAUCAUAACAGUGUCCAGUACUUGAGGACACGACACAUUGAAGCCUCUGAGCAGAUUCUGAGUCUUGUAACUCAAUGUCAGAAAAUCAGUAAACUUUAACUAGAGCUUCACAGGGCAAUGACUGUUCUCAAAUAGAACCUAGAAAAGUUAUGCUACAGAAAGAGGCCAUUCAGCCCAUCGUGUCUGUGCCAGCUAAAAAAGAAAAUCUUUAACCAGUUCAUAGUUACUUAAUAUUAUUUAAAUAAAAAGAAAGUGCAACAAAAAUUGUAACCUUAAGAAAUUCAUUAUGGAACAGGCAAUUUUACUGAUAACUUAUUAUGUUUAUCAUUAUAUAAUCAUUACAUGAAUGCUGAAGCCCAUCAAAAAUUCCAUGCAAAUAUUUAAUGAGAGUAAAAUUUAUUAAUGUCUGGCAUGUCUAACUGCAUGUUAAGUUGGUAAGUCAUUAGACAUACCUUUAUAUGGUGACUUUCAUGACUCAGGAUGUCCCACUACCAAUGAAACAAGUUUGGUAUGUAGUCACUUCUAAAUACCGUGCAAUGUUAUUGUAACAUCUGUCAGCCUGGGAGGAAAGGAUAGUUAUAUUUUACCAGACAUCAGUGUGCCUCUUCAAAGUUAAACAGCCUUCAGAGCCAACUAACUGUUCAAUUUAUUAAUACGCUUCAGCUGAUCAUUAAUUUUCACUUAGAAGCACCUAUGUUGGUGACAGCAAUCAAACACAUUUAAAUACCACUUCUGAAAAGUCUACCUCAGGGAUAGUUUACCAUCGUUAGUAUAUGUUUCAAAGAGAGAAUUACUUGCCAACUCACUUGGGUCAUACUGCCAUUUUUAGUUUGAGCUGUAACACAAAAUGCUAUCUGUAGAUAUUUGGACUCAUCCCUCACCCUAUUGCCCACUGACUGAAGACAGUUUCCCGAAUGAAACCAAUCCCAAAGCACAUUACCCUUUUUGGCUAUUAUAUAUUAGAAAACAGAACUUUCUCCAUGACCAAUCUCUUCCUUUGUUACUAUAAGUACUUUGCAAGAUAGAAAUAUACAUGAAUUAUUGUUUAGUUUUGGGAAAAGAACUUAUUUAACAAUGCCACUUGAGCUUGUUUCCUUUUUUAAAGAGAGAAUUUCAUGCCAUGAAGAUUUUGAAACUGAAUAACAUUAGAAUAUAUAACCUGUCAUUUGUUUGCUUAAUUCUGGAAUCAGUACUUGCACUCUGAUUUGUUAUAACGUUUACUAUUUACCAGACUCUCUUGUGUCACUGCUCUUUCCUGCUGGACAGUGAGCAAAGAGAGCUAAAUAUCUAAGUAUGAUAUGAGAGCUAAAUAUGAGAGCUCUUCCACUUGUCCCACAUCUUUUUGUGGAUGAGCUGCAAAAAGCCCACAAAAUUGGAAGAAACAGCGAGUGAGCAGGUUCCAACAAAUGGGCACCGAAGUCAGGACAAAUUUCCUAUUUUGUCCCAUACUCAUGCACUCCCAGGCGUAGUCACCCGUCAGCCAGUAAUUGGGUGAUUCAAAGUAUAAUCUCAGAUUCAUCAUUUGCACUGAGAAAAUUGAACAUAUCCAUUAAUUUAAAAUAAACAAUUUAAAAAACAGAAUAAAAUCAAGUUAUCCAAUCAUUUCAAUUAGGCAAGUUUUAAUUAAGGAUAAUUGUGCAUUGCUGCUUCCAUUCACGCCUGCAUUGAAACAGCGAACACACUACAGGAGUACUUAAUCCUGUAAAGUGCUUUGAGGUUAUGAAAGGCACUAUGUAAAACAAGUCCUUUUUAUUGUUGAUUGUGUCUGUGAUUGUAAGUUCUGAAUUCCUAUACUGACUGGAAAACGUGGGCUAGAAAAAUGGUGCAAUAAUCUGUUAUUACCUUCAACAAAGAUGAAACACUGAAUUGUCACCACUGAUAUUGAGUUGGAGAUUCACCCCUCAAUUUAGAAAUGCCUUACUUUGUUCAACACUCUCUCCUCGUGACCAAUUCCCAGCAUUCACAUUUGGAGAAUAAAAGAUAAAACACUCUGUUGAAAGGAAUCUGAGCCUCAUGGCAGUCAUUUCAAAUGGACCUUUGCACCCAGAAAAAACAUUUUGAAAUGUUUAAUUUAGUCAGUAAAUAUGCUAGUUUGGAAAUUGUGUAGUUAUCAAUGUAUCAUUACCCCUUAAAGCUUCUAAUCAAUGAACAAUAAACUAUUUUGAAUUAAAUGUUUUACUAGGUAGCAUUUUUAAAAAUAUUUUCUGAUGCUUGAAAAAACAACAGGGAUACAAGACUAUCUGCUUCUUCCCAGAAAGAAAGAAAUAUGCAGAUGCAAAGCAGAACCUUGGUAAAGACAAUGUUUUAACAGAAACUCAUGUUUGAGAACAGAUAUGGAAUACAUGAUCUAGCAGCUGUUGGGGGAAAACGGAGAAUUGCAAAGACCCACAACUUGGGCUGAAGUAAUCAUUGGGCAGAAAAGGACAUAAGAAAUAGGAGCAGAAGUAAAGGCAUUUUACAAGAUCAUGAUCUGCCUCAAUUCCACUUUUGUGCACUGUCCCUAUAUCCCUUAAUUCUCUUGGUAUCCAAAAAUCUGUCAAUCUCUGUCUUGAAUAUACUCCGCCACUGAGCAUCCACAGCUCUCUGAGCGGGAGAAUUACAAAGAUAUACAGCUUUGAGUGGAGAAAAUUUCCCUCCUUUCAGCCCCCUUAUUCUGAGACUGUUGCUCCUAGUUCUAGUUACCUAGCCAGGGAAACAUCCUCCAAAUGUUUACCCUGUUAAACCCCUUACAAUCACCUCUCAUUCCUCUGUAUUCUAGGGAAUAUAGGCCUGGUCCAUUCCAUUGCAUAGAACAAUCCCCUCAUCCAAAGAAUCAGUCUAUUGAUCCUUUGUUAUACUCCAUCCAAGGCAAGUAUAUCUUUCUUUAGGUAAGGACACCUCACUUUACUCAUACUCCAGAUCUGGUCUCAUCAAGGCCCUGCAUAUUUGUAGUAAGACUUCUUUUCAAUUAGACUCCAAUCCCUUUGUAAUAAAGGCAAUUUGCUUUCUUUACCUGCCCUAGGUACUAUCAUUGGUAAUCUUCGAUUGAUCUUCUCUAGUUAACAAAAAUGAGGGAACAAUUUGCAGGAAUUUAUGCUUGUUGAUCACUAGACGUCAUUCUAUUGUAAAAAUGAGCCCAUUUGUGCUUGAAGUAGGGAAAUAGUGUAAUGAAGGCACUGCUGCCUACAAAGAUACCAGUUUACUACUCAACCCCAUGUGAGUUUUGCCUUGGUCUCUUUGUAUGAGCUUGGUGUUUGGUAUGCUGUUUUGUUCCAAAUAAAAAUACUCAAUAGUUA